AAAAAAAGAAUACAAUUAAAAAGAAAGAUGAUAGGAUGGGGAGACAUAUACAAGGUGGUUCAAGCCAUGGUGCCCCUCUACUUCGCAGCCUCAUCCCUCGGCUACGGCUCCGUCCGGUGGCUGGCGAUCUUCACCCCGCUGGCGCAGCCGGACGCCAUCAACCGCCUCGUCGCCUUCUUCGCCCUCCCCUUCUUCACCUUCCACUUCACCUUAACCAUCAACCCCUUCACCAGUAUGGGAGGAAAGCCCACGUUUUGGAUGUUGAUGAAGAUUGUUUGGAUUAAGCUCGCCCUUAAUCCUAACACUUACGCUAGUGUGCUUGGUGUUUCUUGGGCUUUCAUUGCUAAUCGGUGGCACUUCCAGAUGCCGGUUAUCAUGGAUAAUUCGGUCUUAAUCAUGGCAAAAUCAGGAACCGGAAUGGCUAUGUUCAGCAUGGGGCUGUUUAUGGCGCAACAAAAGAAGAUAAUCGCUUGUGGGCCUGGUUUGACGGCCAUUGGCAUGGCCCUGAGGUUCGUUGCUGGCCCUGCUGCGAUGGCCGUUGGGUCUAUCGCUGUGGGCCUCCAUGGCGAUGUUCUCCGAGUUGCAAUCAUACAGGCUGCGGUACCUCAAUCCAUUACCUCGUUUAUAUUUGCCAAGGAGUAUGGUUUGCAUGCUGAUGUGCUGAGCACUGCGGUAAUAUUUGGGAUGCUGGCCUCUUUACCGAUACUCGUCGUAUAUUAUAUACUCUUAGAAUUCAUGCAUUAAUUGUAAAGGAAGGAAAACUAACCUCCUUGAUCACUUCUCUCUUUUUUUUUGUAUUUUUACUAAUUCCACAAGGAAUUU